AGCAAGUCGACGGUCCGCCACACCAACACGCAAGGGCGGCGGCGUUCGGAGGUUCCUUUCACAUUUUGACCUUUUUCGACCACUUCCUCGUGACCUGGCGACCUGACCCCUACGUGACCUUCAUUACUAGGCCCUUGCUCACCUGUGGACGUCGUUGUGGUGUGAUCAUCGCCCGGGAAGUGAGCCAGGCAGCUUCGUCGUGAUGGCCACCGCAGCCACCGCCACCGUCACCCCCGUGCCCCCCAACAGCGGCGACGGGGCCCCCGUUGUGCCCGUCAGCAAGGUGGUGGUUCACCCGCUGGUCCUGCUCAGCGUGGUCGACCACUUCACCCGCAUGACCAAGAUCGGCUCCACCCGCAGAGUGGUGGGCGUGCUGCUGGGCUCAUGGCGGGCGCGCGGGGUGCUAGACGUGUCCAACUCCUACGCAGUUCCCUUCGACGAGGACGAGAAGGACAAGACAGUUUGGUUCCUGGACCAUGACUACCUCGAGAACAAGUACAACAUGUUUAAGAAGGUCAACGCACGUGAAAAGAUAGUUGGCUGGUACCACACUGGGCCUAAGCUGUGCCAGAACGAUAUCGCCAUCAACGACCUGGUCAGGCGGCACUGCGGGACCUCUGUGCUGGUCAUCAUCGACGCCCACGCCAGCAAUAUCGGGCUGCCCACCGAGGCGUACUACAGCGUGGAGGAGGUUCAUGAUGACGGUACCCCCACCUCCAAGACCUUCGAGCACGUGGCUAGCGAGAUCGGAGCGGAGGAGGCGGAAGAGGUUGGGGUGGAGCAUCUACUGAGGGAUAUUAAGGACACAGUGGUGGGGUCCCUGGGUCAGCGCAUCACCACACAGCUGCUGGGCCUUCGGGGGCUUCACAAACAGCUGAGUGAGGUUGCCAACUAUCUACAGCAGGUGGUGGCCGGCACGCUGCCCGUCAACCACACCAUCGUAUACCAUUUGCAGGACAUGUUCAACCUGCUCCCGGACGUGACCAACCCUCCCCUGAUCAAGUCCCUCUACGUCAAGACCAAUGACCAGAUGCUUGUAGUCUACCUCGCCUCCCUGAUCCGCUCAAUCAUCGCGCUCCACAACCUCAUCAACAACAAGCUGGCCAACACAGACGCGGAGAAGAAGGAAGGGAAGGAGAAGGAGGAUAAGAAGGGGGAGAAGAAGGAUGGGGAUAAGGACAAGAAGGAUGGGGAGAAGGAUAAGGAUGGAGGCAAGAAGGAGGAGAAGGAGAAGGAGGAAACUAGUGAAGGAAAGAAGGAUAAAAAGUAGAGAGAGUGAGAGAGAGAGAGAGAGUGAGAUAGAGAGAGAAAGAAAAUUGUGUGUGUGAAAGAGAGAAAGAAAGAGCGAGAAUGGGAGAGAAAAUGAGAGAGAGAGAGAGAGAGAGAGAGAGAAAGUUGUAUAUGUGUGAAAGAGAGAGAAAGAAAGAUAGUGAGAGAGAGAGUUAAUAGAUUUUAGGGAGUUUUUCAAAUUAGUUAAGUUUGGUAUGCCGUGUGAGAGAGAGAGAGAGAGAGAGAGAGAGAGAGAGAGAGAGAGAGAG